ACACACAAAGCCACCCCCGAAAACAGGCACCACUAGCUCUCACAACAAGUCAGCUUGCAGUACAGAGAGGAGGCAAUGAACAGCGGGGUUGGGUUUCCUACUCUGGGGCUGGUGGCCUUGCUAUGCUGCCUCAGUCUGGGGUCCGUUCAGGGGGGGAAGGUGCUGGUUAUGCCUGUGGAUGGAAGCCACUGGCUUAGCAUGGAGCUGCUGGUGAAGGAACUCAUCAAGAGGGGCCAUGAGGUUCUGGUUCUGGUACCAGAAAGCAGCCUGCUGAUCAAGGGCUCAGACAGCUACAAGAUUCAGAUCUACAAAGUGCCUUACACCAAAGUUGAGCUGGAUGGAAGUUUUGAUGAACUCGGGGGCUCGGCUUUCCUCAAGUCACCAGAGUUUACAGAUGCGUUUGUCAAUGUGGAACGUUUGAUCAACUUCACUACCUUCCAAGUGAAAGGUUGUGAGAGUUUGCUGAACAAUGAGCCUUUAAUGGCUCAACUGAGGGGAGAGGGCUUUGAAGUUCUCCUCACAGACCCUUUCCUUCCCUGUGGUUCCAUGCUGUCUCAUAUGUUUUCCAUUCCGGCUGUUUAUUUCCUACGAGGGCUUCCCUGUGAGCUGGACAUCAAGGCGAACCAGUGCCCCUCUCCUCCUUCCUAUGUCCCUAAGUUCUUCAGUGGGUUUACUGACUCCAUGACCUUCCCACAGAGAGUCGGCAACUUUGGCAUGUAUAUUUUGGAGAUGUACGUUUGCAAAAUCAUCUAUGGACACUUUGAUGAUUUGGUCAACAAGUAUUUUGGAGACAACCUCACCUACAAAGGUCUUUUGAGUCAUGGGGCUGUGUGGCUUCUCAGAUAUGACUUUGCUUUUGAAUGGCCCAGACCUCUCAUGCCAAACAUGGUUUUGAUUGGAGGGAUCAACUGUGCAAAAAAAGCUCCUCUGCCAGCGGACUUGGAAGAGUUCGUCAAUGGAUCAGGAGACGAUGGCUUUAUUGUCUUCACCCUGGGAUCAAUGCUGUCCUCAAUGCCCGAGGAGAAGGCCAAACAGUUCUUUGACGCUUUUCGGCAAAUUCCUCAGAGGGUUGUGUGGAGAUACACUGGCGUGGUACCCAAAGAUGUAUCCAAGAAUGUCAAAAUUCUGAAAUGGUUACCUCAGAACGAUCUCCUAGCCCAUCCCAAGGCUAAAGUCUUCAUCACUCAUGGAGGGACCCACGGUCUCUAUGAAGGCAUCUGUAAUGCUGUGCCAAUGCUGAUGUUUCCACUUUUCGGGGACCAGCGAGACAACGUACAUCGCAUCGUGGUGCGUGGUGUUGCAGAGCAGCUCACGAUAUAUGAUGUAACAAGUGAAAAAAUAGUGGCUGCACUAAAGAAACUAAUCAAUGACAAAAGUUAUAAGGAGAGAAUGGUGGACCUGUCUGAGACACACCUGGACCGCCCCGUUCACCCGUUGGAACUGUCCGUUUUCUGGACCGAGUUCGUCAUGAGACACAAAGGAGCGUCACAUCUAAGAGUAGCUGCACAUGACUUGAACUGGUUUCAGUACCACAGCCUGGAUGUCAUCUGCUUUUUAGUCUUAAUUCUUGUAACUGUUUUGUGGGUGUCGCUGAAAUGCUGCUUGUUUUGUGUACGGAAGUGUUGCAGAAUAGGAACUGCGAAGAGAAAAUCUGAGUAGUGUUUCAAUGCAAUGAAGCUAAAUGAUGAUACACUGAAGAGAAAUUUUAGCCAGAUGUGCUGUAUGUGUAUUAACAUGUGUACGUAUGUGUGUAUGUAGUGGCUCAGCUAAAGUGCCAUUAAUACAUUGACUUUGACACAUGUAUAAAAUGAUGGUGGCAGUGACUGAUUGGAGACAUCCAGCUCUCCUUUAUAAAACAAAAUUACAAGCAAAUAAAUUUUGUUUUUUAA